CCAACCUCACAUUCGGACCUUUUUUGGGGCCUCCGUGGCGCUGGCCACAACUUCGGUAUCAUGACCGCUCUUAUGUACACUAUCCAUCCUAUCAACCUUAAGAAUGGGAUAGAGGUCUGGAGCUACGAAUCUUCCAUCCUACCCGCAGCGACAGGGAACUUCAAAGCCGUAUACGAGGAAGCGGCGCAACAACUGGAUACCCUACCUAAAGGCUUCAUGUAUUAUAGAGCAAUUGCGAUUAAUCCCGAAAUUGGCCUGGAUCUGAAAGCAUCAAGCAAUGGAUCCAAGCCCUUUUAUGAUAUGGAGCUGACGUUAGUGGUGCACAAGCAAGCCCUGUAUCCGGAUAUCCCGCGCUUCUUCAUGCUGGAUCAAGAUGCCAUACCGUGUAAUGUUGGUAAAGUUGCUCAUGGAGCCGUAUUGAUAAAGUUUCCGGUAGAUUUGGGGAAGCUUAAGCAAGUGCUAGUCGCGAAUCCAGAGUAUUCGGAGGACUUCUUCCUCAUUGAACAACAUUCAACCCAAGAAGUGAGAGCGGUGGAUGGAAAGAGUGCGGCGGUUCCGUACAGAGAAGACAGACUAUUGAUCGCCCCGAUAAUAUUCUAUCUAGCUCUUAAGGACGGCAAACCUAACGUAACUCUAGACGCGCAAGCUGUCAAAGCUGGAAAUGGGAUCCGUCAGAUUCUCGCAGAUGUUGCCAAAAGACAAAGUCAAAACUAUCACCCAUAUGUGAAUUAUGUAUAUGGUGGAGAGAGACUGGAAGAAAUGCAUGGUUAGGAGAAGUGGCGGUUGGAAAAACC